AUGGCAAACAAUCUGGUCAUCAGAGCUUUUAAGGCAAAUGCCAGAUCAUUCAACUUGAGCUCUAAGAAAAUUGACCAGGUUCCUAUCGCAGUCGCAAAGUUUACAAGCCUUUUAAAACUCCAGUUGAACAAUAAUCGUCUUUCAACUCUACCGACUGAAUUACAGUCAUUAUGUAGCCUGGCAGAGCUCAAUCUGGGAAAUAAUCUUUUCGAAGAGAUUCCACCAGUCCUGGGUUCUCUAACCUCGUUAAGAAAACUUUAUUUGUUUGGAAACGAAAUCGAAAAUUUGCCUAAAAACGUGUUAGGUGGGCUCUCAAAUCUUGUCCUUCUCAAUGUGAACCACAACAAAAUCAGAGUCCUUCCACCGGAGAUAAAAGGGCUUGCAAACCUGGAAACUCUCAGUCUAACUGACAACAAUUUGGAAGUUAUUCCUGCUGAAAUAUCUUUCCUAGAAAAGCUAACUGAGAUAAAUUUAACCAACAACAACCUCGUCUCCUUACCACAACAACUCUACUCGUUACCACAACUCACCAAGCUCUACGUAGCAAAAAACCACCUGAAAGAACUGCCAGAGGGGAUUCUCAGACUGUCCAAGCUGAGAGUGCUGGAUGUGGCUGGAAAUCGCCUCACCAUGUUUCCAAUGGAUUUCCAGUUUCUUCAACUGGAGGAGCUUUUCUGUGAAGGAAACUCUUUUGUCCAGCAUGAGCUAGUGGAGUCCGUUCAAGAGAUGGAGGUGCUAUCUUUAAAGGAGCUGGCGGCGAGGCUGGUCUUGACUGAGUGCAGGAGGAAGCCAUCUUUCUUCUGUGAGGCCCUGCGGCUCUACCCAGCCCUGGCCGACGUGCUCUCCCAGGGGGGCAGCUGUGCCCUCUGCUCCCAGCCGUUUCUCACCACCUGGCUGGAGUGUGUGCAGUUUGUCAGCCUGAGGAAGGACAUGAAGAUGAAAAGUUCACAGACCGUGCCAGUUCGAGUUCUUCUCUGCUCCUACAGCUGUUUCAAUAGGAGCGGACACAUGUAUUAUGGUGUUGCUUCUGUGUGA